AUGUCAAACGCCGCUGGGAUCCAUCUACCCAUCUUCUUCACUUCGCAUUCUCUCGGACGGCUAAUUCUUCUCUACGUCUUCCAACGACAAAAUUCGUACGGCAAAAAUCCGUAUGUCGGCCUCGGUGAUCCAUCGGCAGGCCACCCCAGCCGCAGACGGGUCAUCGUCGAGUUCUCGUCGCCCAACAUCGUCAAGGAGUUUCACACCGGACACCUGCGCAGUACCAUCAUCGGCGCCUUCAUCUCCAAUCUCUACGAGAGCGUGGGCUGA